AUGUUUAGAUUGACUCCGCUGAUCAAAGCUUUCAAACCCAAUCCAGUACUUCGUAGCUUGCCUAGAGUGGUUCCAGUAAGAUGGUAUGCAGGGGCAGUGGAGAAACAGGUGAAAAAGAAGAAAAAACCCACAAACUCGAUUCAAUCGUUGAGAAGAUCGAUACCAAAUAAUGGAGGAGAUUACUCUUCAAUAAAAUCGUUAUCAACAGAUUUUAAAGAAUCGGAUUUGCUACCGAUAACGUCAAUCACCGUGGGAGAAUCGAUUGAUUUUGAUAAAUUGAUUGAAAUAUUGAAAAAUUCUAAGCUUUCGUAUAGUUCGUUAGUACCAGAUGAAGUAAUUCAAUUGAAUUUUCAAGAGAAAGAUUUAUUAAUUCUAGCCAAUGGUACCAUUGUUGGAUGGGGGUUUCAUGAAGAUGUCAUUUUCGAUGAAUAUAUUCCUUUAAUACAAGACUCAAUUGUUGAAAAAUAUAUUCCCGAAUCCGAAGAAAUGGAUUUCAUUGAUUUAUCAAAUUAUUCAAAUAACCAGGGCUCGUUUAUGCAAGGAGAAAUAAUGAUCAUUCAAGGUAAUAACGAAAUUGAAAAAUUAUUGGAUAAAGCAGCUUUUUCCAUUGGAUUAUCCAGGAGUACUAGAUUAUCUAUUUUAGAAAAUUCUUUAGAAAAACAUAUAAUGUUAACUAAAAAAAAUUCUCAAGAUUUAUCAAAUGGCUUACAAAUUAAAACAAAUGAAUCAGAAAUUUUAAAAUUAACCGGUAGAUUGUUUCUUUUAAGAGGUAAAUUAAAUCUAUACAAUGAAUUAAUUGAAACCCCGGAUUUAUAUUGGUCGGAACCAAAUUUAGAAAAAAUUUAUAUGUCAAUUCUGAAAAAUCUAGAUAUAAAACCAAGAAUCGAAAUCUUAAAUAGAAAAUUAGACUACGCCACUGAAGAACAAAGAGCUCUUUUAAGUGUCUUGAAUGAAAAAAAAUCAACUAGACUAGAAUGGAUCAUUAUCGUUCUAAUCAUGGUGGAAGUAGGAUUUGAAACUUUCCAUUUCUACGAACGUUACUUUGAUAAAAGUGACCAGGAAAAAAAUUAA